CAAAAUCAACGAUUACCCUGUCACAGGAACAAACAUGGCGCCUCUGAAGGACUCCAACUUUCGCCGUUAUCAAAUAAUUCGAUGGAUGGUUUAUAUCUCACUAUUUUUAGGUUACUCCUCCUAUUAUUUCUCCAGAAAGUCUUACACCUUCGCCAUACCGGCCUUAAUACAAGACCUUAACUUAAAAAAGAAUGAACUCGGUGUAAUAACGAGUGGUUUCGCAGCGAUGUACGGUGUUGGAAAAUUUACGGGCGGCUUAUUAUCAGAUACUCUGAGUCCUAGAACGAUGUUUACGGCAGGAAUGUUAUUAACUGGGAUGAUAAACAUUCUUAUUGGAUUCACUGGGAACGUCUGGCUUUUGACGUUUCUCUGGAGCAUGAAUGGUCUGGCUCAAGGUUGUGGUUGGCCGCCGUGUACUAAAUUACUCAGAGAGUGGUUCUCUCCUUAUGAGGUGGGUAAUCACAGAAACUUGUGAAUCGAAAUUUUGAAUAGGUGAUCGGCAAAAUCUGUCUUUCCUUUUUGUAUUUAAACACAGCAGCUUCAACAAAAAGUUAUAUCCUCAUCACAGCAAACAGAACUGAACAUGAAAUAUUUUUUUUAUUUCAACUGAAACACUAGUUUAUCACGUGCAACAAAUGCCUAGCGACCGUAGUCGAGUUUUUCGCUAAAUUAUAUUUUAAAAUAGACUUAAAUUAUUUUGACCAAAAUAUUAAAUGAGUUGGAAGGAGGAAAUUCGCAGUAUCGAUAUCGAUAAUAAUUAAAAAUCAGUGUCAAUAAAAUAAGUAUCAAGUAGUGGCAUACAGUUGUAGCUACAUCCUUAAAUGUUGUUACCAGUUCCGUUCCAAAACAAGCUCACCUAAAAACUUCUUCCUACAAAUUUUAAACAUUGUUUUUAGAGGUUGAGCUCUUAGCUGCCUUAAACUAUAAUCAAGAUUUAUAAAUAAGAGAAAGGUGAAGUACAUAAUCUAUUGCUACAGACCUUAACUCCCUGAAUACAUCAUGGCCUGAAUAAACAUUUCGUCUUUUCAAUCAAAAAUUACAAUAAGAGGGAUUUCUAUCAUGUAUAAAAGUCGAGAGUGAAUAAUCCUAUAGUUUAUGUUUAUCUACUGAUCAAUCAAAAUACUAACAUAAAGGGUUGUAUCAGUUAUUUUGUGUAUCACGGAAUAGAUACUGUAACAAGUAGUGUAACCAAUGAAAUUACAGCAUUUGUGAUAGAAUACUGAUUCCACUUACAUCCUGUACCUAUUUGGCUAAUGCAGUUGAAACUCUAUAUUUAUCUGUGAAUGUCUAUUAGCUAAGCUGUGUGCAUGGCUCCUCUAUUCUAGUUGGGUACCCUGUGGAGUCUUCUUACAGCUGGCUGUAACCUAGCAACAAGCAUUUCUCCCAUGUUAACAGCAUUUCUGACUUCAAACUUUGGUUGGUCAGCAGCAUUCAUUACUCCUGGAGUCAGUACUGCCACAAUGUCUGUUUUAGCUUACUACCUUAUUUGUGAUUCUCCAUCAGAAAUAGGACUGGAGGAAUUUACCCAAAGAACUACUAUGAAAUCAAGAACUGAAAACAAAACAGUAGAGAACAGGAAGGACUACAUUAUUACAAUGCUUCUCAGUCCAUUUUUGUGGGUUUUAAGUGCAGGAUAUCUACUGACUUUGUUUGUGAAGACUGGAGUUGGUGAAUGGACACAACUAUUUUUGAUACAGACAGUUGGAAGAACACAAUAUGAUAGUGAGUUUAAACUGUUCUACAUGUUGUUUUGGAUUGAAUCACCUAUUUUUUAAAUAACUCUUUAACCUCUAAGAAUGACUAAUUUCUCCUUACAGUAUCACCCAUGAAUCAAAUGAAAAGGUCAUAAGAAUAAUGGAAAUGAUCUCCAAUUUGGGAAGCUCUUGAUUGUCAACCAAAUUCUUGAGCUCCUUGUUAUUACCAGGUGAAAUGUAAAGAGAACAAGAGGCAAUGAAUUUCACUGUGUGUCACCUGAAAAGGAGAACACUGUCACAUAACAUUAUUUGUUUUCACACUUUAAUUUUUAAUGUUCGUGUUUUCUUAUCCCCAGGUAGUGUUGCUAUGAGUUUUUUAGAGAUAGGUGGACUCUUUGGUAGCAUAACAUCUGGUUAUAUAACGGACAAGUUGGUGCUUAAGGUUGGACAUUAGCUCUCACUAAUUGAUCUUUGUCCCACAGCCUUAUUGAUGUACUGCAAAAUAAGGGAACUGUUUUUUUCUGUUGGGCCUGGCCAAACACUUGAAUUAAAUUUUGGCACAGACUUUUGGUUAUUCAUGUAACUGAGAAAAACAAAAACAAAACAAAAACAGGUGAUUUUGGUAAAAAACUUUUCAAUAACUUACUUAUAAGUCAGAGUUAUUCUUCUUUAUUGGAGUAGUUAAAUUUCAUCUGUCAAAAAAUUCAUGGAACCAAAUUAUGUUCAAGGGCUGUGUGCAUCAAUUGGUCUUCUGAAGUGUUCUGAAGGUGAAAAUCUGAAUUAAAAAAAAAAGAAAAUAAUGAAUCAUGUUUUGUAUCAUUAUUUUCUAAGUUUAACUUUGAUGUAGGCCUUCUGGCAAUGCAUGGAAAAACUGGAAUCAUAUGGAUCAGGGCUAAUAUGGUGUUCACUGCACCCACAGUUAUUAACAUUAGCACAAUAUGCUGAAUUUCUGAAACAUGUUGAAAUAGAGUUCAAAAGUGAGCUUUCUGUUAGAAGAUGCAAUCUGAAGAUACUUUAGUCAAUGUUUUUCCUCAUCACUCAUGUCUAGUUCAAUAUGCUUUUCAUUACAGGUUCAGCAUGCAAGCUAAUUUUAUGUGUAAGACAAUUUAUACAGCUUAUUAAAACUAAGAGAUGUUUUAAUUUAUCACUUAAUGUUAAGUUUUUCUAAUCAGUUCACCACUUGAUAAUUAUGUUAUGUGUCUGUUUGUAACAGUAUGGAACCUCCACACUCUCCAGUCCAAGAGUUCCUCCUAUGAUUGGCUUUGCAUUUUUACAGUUAGCCUGUGUGUAUCUCUUACACACAGCAGUGACAUCAUCCACUUCACUGGUAUGGAAGCAUAUUAUGAUAACUGCUACAACUGCUGAUGCUUAUAUUUUACUCUUAAUCCUUUCAAUCCUUGGAUUGACUGAGAAGUAAUUUCUCCCAACAGUAUUGAUACAAUAUCAAGCAGGAAGGUUAUGAGAAUAAAGAAAAAUAUCAACUGCAGCAGUAUAUGUAGCAACUGAGACAAUAUAAUUUAACAAUGAAUUUGCCAAACAAAUAUGAGGAGAAAUGCACCAUAAACAGUGAAGAGAACUACCAGCAAGAUCUUCAGUAGUAAACUGUAGAGUGGAAGGGUUUGAAGUAAACAGAAGUUGUUAAUAUUUAUGUUUCCAUCAUUACAACAAUGUAUCAGCAGUUGAUAUAGAUUGUCGAUGCAACCUUGAUAAAUUUUGCUUAUUACAAAAUUGUUGAUAAUUAUAUUAUAGAUGGACUCUUCAUGCUCUCAAAAACUCCACUGAGUUUUCAUGAUGUCUUUUAACUUACCUUCUAUAGUCUCCAUUUAGUAAAGUGUGUGAGAGUGUUGGUACUUCUGCUAUUUAAACUGCCGUUCCAUUCAAAUUUAAAUUAAUAUUUAAGAAUGUCUCUAGGUACUUUAAACAGAAAGAGGCAACUUAUCGGGUAGAACACAUUAUCUUGAUCUGGCACCAAAUUCAUAUAACUUAACAUAAUUUACAAGGAAAGUGUAGCAGCUAAAUGGAAGAAUCAGAUCUUGGAAGUUUAAGGCAAAGUCAUGAAGUAUCAGCACUCACUUAAUUUGCUCUCAUUCUGUUGCAGUGGUUUAUUUCAACACUGAUAUUUGGCAUAGGCUUCUCAUUAUACACAGCAAUAAAUCUGUAUGGAGUGCUGGCCAUGGAGAACAGUCCACCAGGACUCGGCGGAACAUCUCAUGCAAUUGUCGCAUUAGCUGCAAAUGGUGAGCAAUGGCAUUGUUACUCCAAGUCUUGUGCAUGGGCAGUUUGCAGGAUUCAUGUUUAAACAGUAUUUUUUAACUUAAUAUUUUAACCCUUUGCCCCCUAAGAGUGAUUAGCAUCUAACUUCUCCUUACAAUAUCACCCUUGAAUCAAACAUUAAGGUCAUGAGAAUAAAGGAAAUGGUCACCAACUAACCAAAAAAGCUCUUAGUUCCUAACCCUGUAACUCCCAUGGGUGACCAAAACAGAAUUUCUCUUUACAAUAUCAAAACAAUGUCAAGCAAAUAAGAGAGGAGAAUAAAGAUAAAUAUCAAUUACCAGGGGAUUACUCAUUGAUUGAGCACCAAAUUCUCCUCACUAACACUAAAAACAUUGUAUAAAGUACAGUAAUGAGAAUUGCUAAGAAAUGAAGUCUUGAUAGUGAAACAGUUAAAUAAAUUCCUUGCCAGCACCCUUGGAGAACAGUAUGGAGAAUAUGCAUACUGAUGUAAGUGAAUAAAGGGUUAAUGUGCAAGCUUAAUAUGCAAACUCACCAACUGUUACUCAUCUUCUGUGUUUCCCAAGUUUCUAGUGUGAAACAUUACUGAUCUUACCCAUGCUAAAAACUUUCUCACACCUGCCUUGUGAGUCCACAUUACUAGCUAAAACCAAAUACCACAAUCAUGGCCUUCUACAUGUACUGAAUCAAAAGCUGCUUGCCAAAAGAGCAAGGAACUCUAUCCCACUGUCAGCUAAUAAAAAAACCAUUUCCCCCCUUUUUUCACUGAUUCAUGAGUGGAAUUACAUAAAAUUGCCAAAACUAAAAUUCAAAGUUUGUGCUUUAAAAUUCUUCUUACAUUUAAAAUCUUUUCAUUUUUUUUAACCAGUAGGAGCAACACUGGCAGGAAUUCCUUUGACGACAAUCAGUAAGGUGUAUGACUGGGGAGGCGUCUUUGUUUGUCUUGAGCUGGCAUCUUUGUUCUGUGGCUGUUUGCUGAUUGGAGCACGUAAUGUCAACAGGCAUAUGAUUGAACCUUCAAAGCUCCAGUAAAAGCUUUAAGGGGUGCCUCCUGGAUAAUGUUAUCUACCUGAACAAUUCCCAACUACUGUAUGGCUAAUUAUUUUUGUGAAACUUAUCUCGUGAUUAGCAAUUUACUGUAUGGAACCUCCAGACUCACCAGUCCAAGAGUUCCUCCUAUGAUUGGCUUUGCAUUUUUACAGUUAGCCUGUGUGUAUCUCUUACACACAGCAGUGACACCAUCCACUUCACUGGUAUGGAGACAUUCCUUGGCCUGUUUCAGAUAUUCUUGCAGUACACGGGGCACAAUAGCAGCUCAGAAGGGAAAAAGCUGGAGACUCAAUUAGGGUGGGGUUAUGGGUGCUUAAUGCUAUGCAGUCAAUACCUCCCUCCUUUUUUCAGCCCUAGUUACCAGGGUAACAGCAAUGUGUAAGCUAACUGAAAGCUUGACAGUCCUUUUCAAGAAGCUGGAUCAAAACAAAUAACUGUCACUGAGAUCAAAGGAUAGCAGUUACAUCAAUUGAAGUCUCAUAGAUUGAAACUUGCAGUAUUUUCAUCAAAUGAAAAUUUAAUUUUUAAGGAAAAUGUUAUAAUCUUCUUGGGAUGAUUCAAAUUCUUAGAUUCAGAAUUUUGAACCACUUGGUUUCACUUUAAAGUGCUAACUAUAAAUUCUCUGCUCUCUAUGUUAUUCUUCUUAGAACUUUAGCUUAAUAUCAAACAAUGUCUUAUUAUAUAUGAUAAGAUGAAUUAUACAGUCAGGCAUUCUAAUUGUUUUUUACUUAUGAUCUAUUGGAGGACAAACAGGUAGCUGACAUUAACAAUAGCAACAUUUUGCUUUAUUAUUGUAUAAGACAGUUAAAUUCCAUUUUGAUAUGGAUCUGUGCAGUUACUGUAAUAGAUCACAGAAAAUGUCAAAAUGUGGUUAGGACAUCAGUGACACACUUAGCUGUGCCUCAUGUGUCACUUGUUCUUACCACAUUUUGAUAUUAUCUGUGAUCCACUUCUGAACAGACCUACAGCAACAUGGAAUUUAUUUGUUGAUUUAAUAUUUUUUCCUUCUUAUCACUUUUCUGAUUUAUAAUAGAUGGAUUCAUAUUGUAUGUGGAAGAUUUGUUUUGGUUCCUUGUGUUAGUGAAUGCUGAGGUGUGUGCCUUUUUGUCCUUUCAAAAGCUUCUGUAAAAUUGAUCAAACUUGACUUUUACCAGUUAAUUGAAAUUUGAAGUUGUCAAAGAAAUGUUUUGCUCAGUUAUAACUGUAAUUUUUCCUUUUCUGUCCAAUAUGGCAAGUUAGGAGUUAAAGAAUAUAUUAAAAUAUAUUUUUAAAAGGAGUAUGAAAAAUUUUCUGGUAUUAAGAAGAAAGUAAUUGUAAGGUUAAAAUAUUUGCCUUAGUUAUUUAAUGAGUUGUAUGAAAUUAUUUUAACAAGAUUUAUAUUAUGACACAAUUAUUCAUUGCAGUGGAGGUUAAUAGG